CUUCUUUUCUUCUCCAGCCGAAACCCUAAACGCUGCUCUCCCUCUAUUUCUCGUUCUUCCCGAUUCUCUGGUCGCGCGCGGUCCUUCGUCUCUCUUCUCUCUUUUUCUCUUCUCUCCCUCUCCCUAAGGCCACGAGUGGGUCCAAAGGACCAACGACUCUCUCUUCUUCUCACCCUCUCUUCUUCUCCUUCCCACCUCUUCUUCUUUCCCUUCUGCUGCUCUACUGCUUCCAGGAGCAGAUACAAUGUCUCUCUCAACAAUAUUCAGACGAGUGGGUCUCCAAGAUCUUGUUUCAAAUGCUCCUGUCUACAGUGGUGUUAGUGAGGCAUCUGGAGGACUGACCUUGAUUUUCAGGCGAUGGGCCUCAAAAAAAACUGCAGGAUCCACGAAAAAUGGUCGUGACUCAAACCCCAAAUACCUAGGUGUGAAGAAAUUUGGCGGAGAGAGAGUGAUUCCUGGGAACAUCAUCAUUCGCCAACGGGGUACUCGAUUCCACCCUGGGAAUUAUGUUGGAAUGGGCAAGGAUCACACUUUAUAUGCCCUGAAAGAAGGGAAUGUGCGGUUUGAACGCCACAAGCUGAGUGGCCGCAAGUGGGUUCAUGUUGAUCCCAAGGAGGGUCAUGUUCUUCACCCCAUCUAUGCAGAUGCUGCUACCAAACCUGUUUCUGAGAGCCAAUUAUGCUAGCUAUAAGAAUUCAACCUGGCCGAAGUUGAUUGGAGCCAGAAUAGCAGAACUUAAAAUAUUUUCCUCUGUAUGCCUGUAAUAACUGAGCUUGGAAACACUUUGGACUUCAUUUUUCAACAUUCUUUGCUCAACAGAUAAAAAGUGGAUGUCAAUGAUUCAAAUUGGGAAGUCAUGCUGUAAGUUCGUGGAAGCUUGAUUGUGAUAUUGUAGCAUGAUGAUUUUGCUUCAAUGCUAGAAACUACAAAAACAUUAUGUAAGAUACAGUUGAAGGCAAAGUCUAGAUUGAAUUACUGGACAUGUUAAGAAAAAUUUCCCAUUUUUAUUUCC